UCAACCGAAGAAAUGUUUUGGUUUACAAUUUUUCUGUUCAAUUCUGUCGAUAGCAUCAGUACAAUAGAUUUUGCAUGCGAACGCGAAACUCUCUACAGUGUUGUUCCAAAAUCCGACGCACACGUGAGAUUCUUGAGAGAACUGAAUCUGAAGAAUGAAACACUUGAUUUUUGGUUGCUCACAACCUUGAUUGAACAUGAAGUUCAUAUUAAAGUACCAGCAGAACAAGAUUUAAGAUUCCAGACAGAAUUGUUGGCUCAGGGUUUGAAGCCAGUCGUUAAAAGUUCGCGUUUAAGCUCAUGUAUAAACAGUGUCCUCCAAAAACGUGCCACUAAGUAUGUACCAGUUGAAUCGUUAGAUUUCACCAGGCGCUAUCUAAGCUACAACGAUAUAGAUAGAUACAUCGAUUACAUUGGUCGGAAGUACUCCCAAAUCGUCACUGUUAGCACCAUUGGAUCAUCGUUUGAGAAGCGACCUCUGCGAACAGUCACCAUUACGCGCGAUAAAUCAAACAAAAAAGCGAUACUCAUCGAUGCCGGAAUUCAUGCUAGAGAAUGGCUGGCUCCCACAUCGGCUUUAUAUGUAAUAAGCCAGCUUGUUCAGCAUGGUGAUGCGAACGGUGAUCUUCUGAACAACCUAACGUGGAUAAUACUGCCACUCGUUAAUCCGGACGGUUAUGAAUACUCUCUGACGCGAGACAGGUAUUGGCGCAAAAAUCGACACCCCUUCAGGCGAUGCGUUGGAACGGACGGCAAUCGUAAUUUUGAUUAUCAUUGGGGAGAACAGGGAGCAUCACGGAAUGAAUGCCGUCCAACGUAUUCGGGUCCGAAGCCAUUUUCCGAACCGGAAUCGCGAGCCGUACGUAAUCUGAUGUUAUCAAAUAAUCAAACAGUUAAAUUCUACCUCACACUUCACUCGUACGGACGGUAUCUCCUGUACCCCUGGGGAUAUCGGAAAGGUCUUCCCAAAACGUGGCGAUACAUGGACGCGGUGGCUCGUGCCGGAUCAGAUGCUAUGAAACUUUCUCACAACGUGAAGUACACAGUGGGUGGAGCGGGAAAAAUCCUGUACGAAGCAUCCGGUGGUAGCGAUGAUUAUGCACUGGCGGUUGCGCGAAUACCGAUUUCCAUUAUCAUGGAACUUCCCGCCGAUGAGAGAGGAUUUCAUCCUGCUGAGGAAAUGAUUAGAUCGCUUGUCGAGGAAGCAUUUAGUGGUAUAAGAGCGAUGGCACUCAAGAUGAUGCAACUGAAUUUAUGAACUGCAGUGUACUCCCCCAAAACGAACCGGGUAAGCAUCAUUUCAGGAUUCCUUACAUUAAUGUGAGAUUAGCUACUAAAAUUGCUUUAUGGAAAUGUACAAGAAUAAUAAAGAAGGCUUUGU